UUCCAGUAUCGCCCUCUUUCUCUCCCCGUCUCAUCCCUCCGGUUCGAUUCCAGAUGGAAGCAAGAGGGUUCUAGAAGCGUCUGCUCAUCCGAUAUGAACCUCUUCCGGAGUCCCCGAGGGUCUCCAUCUUCUCCAGAGAUAACCUAAUCCUCUGCUCCGCCGAACAACUCCCCCGCGAGAAAUGGCGACCUCUCACCUCACGGCACCCUCCAUCUCGGCUCCAAUUGUCCCGUCCUAUGAAGGCCUGAAGCCCUCCAACGUGAAGUUCGCCGCAGUGGCUCCAUUCAGAGCCGUCUCUUUGAACCAGAGCGCUUACCGGGGCCUCGCGGUCAGAGCAGGCACCACCGUCGCCCCGAAGUACACCUCGAUUAAGCCGUUGGGGGACAGAGUCCUGCUGAAGCUCAAGCCUGCUGAGGAGAAGACGGAAGGCGGUAUACUGCUCCCUACCACGGCUCAGACUAAGCCUCAGGGGGGAGAGGUUGUUGCUGUUGGGGAGGGCAAGGCAAUAGGGAAAACGAAGGUCGAAAUCGGCUUGCAGACUGGCGCUCAGGUCGUGUACUCGAAGUAUGCCGGGACAGAAGUGGAGUUCAACGGAUCGAAGCACCUUAUAUUGAAGGAGGAUGACAUCGUUGGCAUUCUUGAGACUAACGAUGUCAAGGAUAUGAAGCCCCUGAAUGAUAGAGUUCUGAUCAAGGUGGCGGAAGCGGAGGAGAAGACUGCGGGAGGCUUGCUGUUGACGGAAGCGACCAAGGAGAAACCUUCCAUCGGAACGGUGAUUGCAGUCGGGCCAGGCCCCCUUGAUGAGGAGGGGAAGAGGAAGCCGCUGUCCAUCUCUCCAGGGAACACUGUGAUGUAUUCUAAGUAUGCUGGAAAUGAGUUCAAGGGAACCGAUGGUUCUGACUACAUCGUGCUGAGAGCUUCUGAUGUAAUGGCUGUGCUCUCGUAGCAUGGCGUGCUCGCUCCUAGUUUAGUCUCUUUGUUGUUGAGAUGUGCUGGCAGUGAAUUAUCUGUGGGCAAGGCCAAAAGGUAGCUUUGCAUUUUGAUGGUGUGUGUGUGUUAACGAAGGAACAGAACUACUGUUGGGUGUUCUUGGUAACCGAAGUCGGACGAAGGUCCUUGAUUUUCCAUAAGAAUGGAAACAAUGGUCUAGUAAUGCAAGUUUAUCUGGAUCUAGUUUUA